GACUUUUUUUGCAAUAUCUCGCUAAUUGAAAGGGCAAAAGCUGAGUGCGUUCGUGAAAAUUGUGAAAAAAUGCAAAAAUCUAGCUUAAAUUACAAGCAAUUCCUAUAAAUUCUGUAUAAAAAUGUGGAUAACAUAGCAUACAACGGGAUUGUGAAGAAAAAUUGUCGGAAAUUUAUGGGUUUCUUUGUAAAAUUGUGCUUUAAGUUUUCAACUCUUAUGACGGCAACUAAAUAUUUGUCGACGUAUUCGAAUGAAUGUUAAUUGAAAUAAUAACCACUGAGAAUUAUGCAAAUAUCAAUGGAAAUAAUGUGAAUUUCAUUGUUAAAUAAUAUAUUUUUCGAAGAUUGCCCAUUCCGUCGUUUGAAGUUUGAUUUGAAAAAGAAGUAUGAGGUUUUGUGGGACCAAUAAAAGUGUCAGCGAAAAAAUCUAUAAAUUAAAAUUGGAGCAGAGCAGAGACAAGCAAGUGAAAAAUUGAGACCCCCACACACACGCAAGUGAGAGUGAUACACACAGGAAUUAUGGUAGCAAAACAAAAACGGAAAUUUAGAAUAUAAACAAAAAACAAAAUAUAAAGUAAAGGAAAAAUAAUGACCGGCAAAAAAAUGUGUGAUUUGUGUACAACUGUCUACACAAUUUUUAAAUAAUGAUUUAGUUUUUUUUUCUGUUAUUGAUGUGUGGAGAUUUUAAUAAAGAAUGGAAAUAAAUGGAUAAAGAACCCCUGGGUAAUUGUGUGUAUGGACUGUUGCUGAGAAAUCUUCGUAAAAAUGGCUGAGGGUGGUGGUGGCGGUUGUGCUGCUGUUGGCGGCGACCAACAACAUUCGCUACCGGCAACAAGUGUCGAUGACGAAUCUCAAGACAACAACACAGAAGCCAAUGAAAACACACAAAAAGAACAACAAAGCAAUGUAAACAAAGAAAUGACAACACAUUCAAAAAGCUCUUCACCACCCCCCGUGAAAACAGAUAACGUGGAUAGUUUGUUUUAUGCGGCAACCGGAACACAUAAAGAAAAGGAUGUAAUUCAAAAUAAAAAUGAAGAACGGAUUUAUUUGGAUGCCGAUGCCAAUAAUGAUGUUGUAGCUCAUGACGAUGACGAUGAUGAAGAUGGAGAAGAUGAAAGUAAUCAAACAUUUUACGAAGCUACUGGCGGUGAAACGGAACUUGUUUUGACAUUUGGCAAUACACUGAAAAUAGUUAAUGAUGUCAUCAAAGAAUCAGAAGCCAGCAUGGCUUUGCUACCACCAGCAUCACAACAAGAAACCCAUUAUGUUGAUGCUGCCACCGCUACAAUUGAUAAUGCCGAGAAUAAGGAAACCAAGCAAUUGCCUUAUAAUAAUGAAAUGAAUAACCUGAACAUCACCAAUAGUUUGUCGUCCACACGAGCUAAUAACAUUCUUCUGGAUGAGGAUGAGUGUGAAGGUGCUGUCGGCCUAGCAACUGAUAUUUUGAAUGAUGUGAAUGUCUAUGCUCCAUCUUUGUUGGACAAUGAUCUCAUUAGGGCUCAACAGCAACAACCACAACACGAUGAGCGGGAUUUACACAUUGAGGGUGAAGCGGAGCUGAUUGUGGUGUUGCGCAAAAAGAGAGGAAGAAACUUAAAGGAUUACAAUCACAUCAAUCAACAUACAACUAGCGCCGCUCCGGAAGAUGAACAGGCUUUGAAGCAACGUCAACAGACACUGCUGACAACCAAAUCGUGUGAAACUCCAGCUUCGGCCACAACAUUGUCGCCCACGAAUUCCUACAAUGGCAGUAUUGGCAGUGAUGGUGGUGGUAGUGUUGGCGGUGGAGCGCGCCGCAAAUCAUGGACCCUCUCACCGCAAAGUGGUACCUCCACGCCGUUAAGCGGUGCCCGAAAGAAAGAAAAACGGGCCAGUGUAAAGUCGCCAGCGUCAUCGACCCCAACAACCUCCACCGCAACGGAUUCAUUUAAUCUUUGGAUAGCUCGAGAAUGUUAUGAAACAGUACCAGCUGAAACUGUAUUUGAGGUGGACGAUGGCGGUCAAGGUUUGGUGGGACCAGUCAAUUUCACAAUCGAUGAAGAGGCAGAUGAGGAGGCAGCUGCAGUAGAAAGUUUACUGGGCGCUGCAGCAGCUCUACAUGCCUCGGCCAGUGCUAACAAGGAAGCCCAGAUCCAGAGACGGCAAAAACAUUUACGUCAACCACAACAUCGGCCAUUGGAACGAUCUUGGCCACCACGAGCCAUUGGCAGGGAUUUUCGUCUGCAAGGUGAUGUCUUUAAAUUUGAUAUUUUGGAUACGGACGAUACACUUGAUGUCUAUGGUGGUGGGGGAAUUAUCGGUUCCAACGGAUAUGGCAGCAAUUCGAAUAGCACCAACAACUCACCGCUCUAUUUGCUGAACAGUGCCAAUUCUAGUAAUUCAUCCAACUCGAGCCCGCAAUAUGAGCUAAGUGCCACACCCUCGCCACCUGCAAUGAAAUUUAAGCCUUUGAUAAAAAAGAAAAUCGGUCCUGAUAGUUAUAUAAAUACGAUUACAACCAAAAAAGUGCCCGCAAGUGAAACAUAUGAGUUUCCGGCUUUUCCCACAAAAGAGAAUUCCUCGAAUACCCAAUUUCCACAGACGCCAUCGACCUCAUCUCUGCGACAGCAUAGACCUCUGACACGGACCCUGUCCAAUGGGAAGUCGGCUUAUGAGGAACGUCAAUCUCAGUCGCCAAGUCGCCUAAUGCUAUCGCCAAAAAGGCAUCGUAGCCCACCAUCGGGAUGCUCGACACGUAGUGCUUCCCCACUUGAUUUUCAAUUAAGUCCCGAGGCCCAGGUGUUGAACAGCAGCAACAGUGGACAACAGCAACAGGUGUCAGCAGUGUCCAGCAAUUCGGGCACUCCCAUUUUACACAAUCGUCCGCAACAACGUCUGUUAAAACGGGUUGGCGGCGUUGGUGCUGGGGUGGGUUCCCCGAAUCUUAUAUGUCCCCCAACACCUACACAUCAUGCCAGACGUCAUGCUCGCAUGCAGCAGCAACAGGCGGCAGCAGCUGCGGUCGCUGCAAUUUCCCUCAACAAUAAUCUCGAUGAUACGUAUAUUGGCACCGGGCCACCAAGUGGUGGUGGUGGUGGUGGCGGCGGCGCUGUGGCGGGAGCCCAUGCUAGUCAUUUAGAUUACAAUUAUUUAUCGUCCCGUACUCCACCCUCUUCGCCAGCAUUCCUUGGUUCUUCCAGCAAUCGCAGUGCCGAUGAUCGACCACGUGAUCAUUUAGGUGCUACCGCCAUGGCCGCCGCAUCAUCCUCGGCCACUUCAUCAACAAUAGAGGUCAUCGAUAAUGACGAAGAUGACGGUAAUGCCUCGGAUGAUUUGGGUGUGGUCCACAUCACCAGCACACGUUUGCCUUCUAUACCGGAGAGGGGUGCAACAGGUGGCCUUUUACGCACUAGUGCCAUAUUUUCGGCCGAAGCUGACGGCCAGACCAUAAAUGCCGCCACUGCUGAACCCUUACCUCCGGCAUGGGAGGCUAGAAUGGAUAGUCAUGGUCGUAUUUUCUAUAUCGAUCACACGACCCGUACAACUUCCUGGCAAAGACCCGGGUCAAAUGGUUCGGCCACUCUUAAUGGCCAUGGUGGCCGUGAACAACAUCACCGCCAACAACUAGACAGACGUUACCAAUCCAUACGUCGCACCAUCACCAAUGAAAAUCGUCCGGCUAUCGUGGGCCAUAAUGAUAAUACUCAAGCCUCGCAAUCUCCACACCAUCACCUAGCUCACAACAACAAUCACAAUGCACCACCACCAUCGAAUUUCCAGCACGUCUCUUUGUCGGUACACCCAGCUGUUCUUAUGCUCUGCCGUCCUGAUUUUUACUCAAUGCUUCAUACCAAUGAAGAUGCUUUAGCCAUUUACAAUCGCAAUACUGCCCUCAAGCAUAUGGUAAUACGUAUACGAAGAGAUCCCUCGUGUUUUCAACGCUAUCAAUACAACAAAGAUUUGGUAGCUUUGGUCAAUUCAUUUGCCCAGCUCAAUCGAGAUUUGCCCUCGAGUUGGGAGACAAAGCUGGAUCAGUCGGGCAAACAGUUCUUCAUAGAUCACAAUAAUCGACAAACGUCAUUUAUGGAUCCACGUUUGCCCAUUGACUGUCCAAGGAUAAUACGCCAUAGGCAGCAACAACCCCAACCACAUCAUCCUCAAUUCGAUGCCAUCGAUGGCAAUUGUAUUUCUGCCGCUGGAGGCGUAGGAAAUCAUCCUCCCCUGCCACCACCCAGACCAACAUCAACCUCAUCGUCGUCGGGGACGACAAGCAAUUCACGCCACAGUCAAUUUAUGCAAAACGAUAAUAUGCCUCAUUAUGCACCGUCAACAUCGUCCUACAACAAUGGUCCCAGCUCCUCCAGUGCAAUGUCGUCGAAUAAUAGUUAUCAUGAGAUUCCCGUGGCCUAUAAUGAAAAGGUUAUUGCCUUUUUGAGACAACCCAAUAUUAUAGAAAUUUUACGUGAACGUCAAGGCCAAAACAAUGUGUCACGUUCCUUGAGGGAAAAAAUUAAUAUUCUUCGAGUCGAAGGGGUGCCAGCCUUGGAAAGAAUGGCUCAUGAUCUACAAUUGACCAUUAUGUUAAGCCUUUUCGAACAGGAGAUUAUGAGCUAUGUGCCCAUCGAAGAACGCAGUCCCCAAGGCUCACCAGUGCUCAAUUCUCGCAUGCUGCAACGAGCUCCGCCACCAUUCCGGCGUGACUUCGAGGCCAAACUGAGAAGUUUCUAUAGGAAAUUAGAAUCGAAAGGAUAUGGUCAAGGACCACAUAAAUUAAAAUUACAAAUACGACGUACCCACUUAUUAGAAGAUGCCUUCCGUCGUAUUAUGUCUGCCAACAAAAAAGACUUACAAAGAGGACGUUUAGCUGUGCUCUGGGAUACGGAAGAGGGUCUGGACUAUGGUGGUCCCUCAAGAGAAUUCUUCUUUCUGCUAUCCCGUGAACUGUUCAAUCCCUACUACGGCCUCUUUGAAUAUUCAGCCAAUGACACCUAUACGGUACAAGUGUCACCACUUUCAGCCUUUGUCGAUAAUUGUCACGAUUGGUUCCGUUUUAGCGGUCGUGUCCUGGGCUUAGCUUUAGUUCAUCAAUAUUUAUUGGAUGCCUUCUUUACGAGGCCAUUUUACAAGGCUUUACUAAGACUUCCGGUAGCUUUAAGUGAUUUAGAAUCAUUGGAUAAUGAGUUCCAUCAAUCCCUGCAAUGGAUACGUGAUAAUGACAUUGGUACGGGUAUUGAUUUGGGUCUAACAUUCUGUGUGACCGAAGAGUUGUUGGGACGAGUUGUGGAACGGGAAUUGAAACCGGGCGGCAAGAAUAUUAUCGUGAAUGAGAAAAACAAAAAGGAGUACUUGGAGCGUAUGAUCAAAUGGCGUUUGGAACGUGGUGUCCAGGAGCAGACAGAGUCGCUGGUACGUGGCUUCUAUGAAGUCGUUGAUUCUCGUCUGGUGUCGGUAUUCGAUGCGCGUGAAUUGGAAUUGGUAAUAGCCGGUACGGCAGAAAUUGACAUCAAUGAUUGGCGCCUUAAUACCGAAUAUCGUUCCGGUUAUCAUGAUAAUCAUCAGGUUAUCAUAUGGUUCUGGCAGGUCAUUGAGAAGUUUACAAACGAGCAACGUUUGCGUUUAUUACAAUUUGUCACUGGUACCUCUAGCAUACCGUAUGAAGGUUUUUCGGCCCUGCGCGGUUCAACGGGUCCCCGACGUUUUUGUAUCGAGAAAUGGGGUAAACCAAAUGCCUUGCCACGAGCUCACACAUGUUUCAAUCGUCUAGACUUACCACCAUAUCCAACACCAGAAUUACUGUAUGAAAAACUGUUAUUGGCUGUUGAGGAGACAAAUACCUUUGGUAUUGAGUAGAGAGCAAUGUGAUGAUGGAAAGGAACGAAAGGAAAAACGGAUGUCAGUAGCAAAAGAAAAUCGUGAUAUUUUUCAAAUAUCUGUUAUAAUAAUUAUUACAAAUGUUUUAAGUGUGCCGGUUUUUUUGUCUGUGUGCGUGUAUGUGUGCGUCAUGUAGUUAAGCAAUUUCUUUAGUUUAGUUAUUUAUUUUGUAACGAUAUUUUUUAUAAGAUAUUUAAUUUAUUUUCAUAUUCGAAUUAUAGUUGGCCAUUAUUUAUUUAAAAAAAAUAGAAUGUUAAUAAUUAUGACGCCGUAUGACGGACAACCGACCUCCCUUGUCCCCUGUCUAUGUAGCAUUAGAUAAAUGUUAGUAUGUAGUUAAUUGAUUCAAGUCAAUGAAUUGAUAUUUUUUGCCAGUUAAUUGAUAUUGCAUUGCUAGUAUUGCAUCUAUCCACCCAUCUACUAUGUACUCAAAUGAUCUAUAUUGCCGUUUUGAUUUGUUUUAUUUUUUUAUGUUUUAAUAUUUAUUUGUUGCCUUAACAUAAUCUUGUCUUUUUAGUCAUUAGAUUUGUAAGUGAUAUUAACAAGUAAUAUUUAAUAUAAUAAUAAUUAUAACAACAACAAAUGUUAUUUACAUAUACAUUCCCUAUUAUCGAAACAAAAAUCACAAAAUGGUCCAUAGUUACUCUUGACAUAAAUGCCUGCAAUAUUUCCAUGGUAUAAUGGGAUCAUGUGUUAGUAUAUCAUUUAUAAUUAUGUCCUUAAUAUAUCCAAUGUCGUGUUGUACAGAGGUCUAAAGGCUUUUAUUAGGCUUUAUAUAUAAGACCCAGGUCUCUACGUUUUCAAUUACAAAUAACGAUACAGGAGUUUUUUUUUACAACAAGCUACGAGUAUGUCUUGUAUUGUCUUCUUUCACAUUUUUGAAAUUUUCAGAUUGGAAUCCUUUGAUUUUUUAUGUAUAGUGUCAUCGGCAAUAUUACAGACAAAAACACGAGUAUUAUUUUGAUGAAGAAUGUUAAACCUCAAGCGAGUCGAAAAAGGGUUCUUCUUUGCCCUUUCUUUGAAAAUUUGGUAAAAAAACACCCUUUUAACGGAAUAGUUGCAAUUCAAAAGAUCCUACACAGCUAUUUGUCAUAAAAUUCUGAUUUAGGUCCUUGAGGACCUUAGAAGUCUAAAUCUUAUUUAAAUGCCAGAAAUUCAUAUGCAUUAAAACACAUUUUAAGGUUAAACCCGUACAUUAUGUGAGUUUAUGCAAAAAUCUCCUGCAAAACAUCAUUUUUGAAGGCUUACGUCAAAGACUAAAUUAUAUUUCAUCAAAUUUUACUAUAAGUCUCCAAAGAAAAGAAAUCUCUAUUUCCACUACACAUCAAAUAUAUCAAUGUUCCAAAAAAAAUCGAAAAUAUUCCCUACUCCCUUGAUUUGACGCCUAAAAGAAGCAUACAAUUUCGUUUUAGACGUAAGGUGUCAAAAGAAGAAAUAUUCUACACAAAAUUUCACUAUGAGUCUCAGAACAAACCAUAUACCUAAAUACAAUACAAUAAAAUUACAUUCAACAUUUAUGUAUUAAAAGUGAAAAGUAUAUGUUUGGUUUUUACUGUUAUUUUAACAGGUUCCUAAUUUCAGUCAAAAUCUCCCUUUAUGCAUCAUUUUUUGGCAAAAGUGUCAAAGGAAGAAUAAUUUUUGAUCAAAUUUCAUUGUGAGUCUCUGAACAAAAGAAAUUCGUAUAUUCAAUGUGUACCAUGAAAAAAUAUAUCAUCAAUUUUUAUUUAAAAAAAAACUUGUUGAUUUUUUUGAAAAAUUUAGCAAUUUUUCUAAUUCGUUGAAAAUUUUCUUAUAAUUUGUAAAAUUUACAGACGGAGUUGUAGAAAAUUCCAAGUGCAGUAGCCAGUUGGAAUUUUCUACAACUUUCAAAUUCCAAUUGGACUUUAUAAUGUUUCUUUGUAUAUCAAAGUCCAAAGGAGUCAUGGGUUCUUAGGUCAAAUGUUGUUAAGGCUUUAAUAUAGUUUUGACUAUAUGUAAAGGGUCACCUAAAGUCUGAGAUAUUUGAAAUUUUAUUGAGAUCUUUUGGAUUGAACACUGAACAUUGUACACUGGAGAAAAAAGAUUUAACGAUGAAAUGGUAACUGAUUUGAAGGUGUUUCCCGAAAGAGGAAAAUUAGAGGAAUGAUUACUAGAUCGUAUCAACUUCCUUGCGACAGUUUACAAUGUGCCGUGAGUCUACGUUUCUGCACUUCUCAUUCAGUCGAUAGAAACAUCUAUUCAAAGACCAAAAAUACCCUUUUUGGGAAUAUCGUAUUUUUAAACCCUACUCCAUAGAAGAGUACAUAUUAUCGUCCGAUUGUGCACCAAAUGUGUACCGAAUAGUAUAAAAUUUUGCACAUACGACCGAAUUGGGCCUGAAAAUAAAUAUACAAAAUUUGAUCGUAAUCGGUUCAGAUAUACCUAUAGCUCCCAUAUAUAUAGUUCAUCCGAUUUGUUAUUUUUGUCGCCCGCAGCCGUAAUAUGCACUCUGCAACAACGAUAUUUGGGGAAAUAUAUCAAAUACGGCUAAGAAAUACCUUUGCUAAAUUUUUGUCGAGAUCGGUCCAGAUUUGGAUAUAGCUCCCAUAUAUAACUUCAUCCGAUUUGCUUUUAUUGUGUACCAAACGUGUAAUAUUAGCCCAAAUGGGAUGGAAUUUGGCACUAACGACCAUAUUGAGUCUAGAAACAAGUAUGUACAUUUUGGUGAUAAUCGGUUCAGAUAUAGCUAUAGGUCCCAUAUAUAUAUAUUGUUCAUCCUAUUUGGUAUAUUUGUUCUCCACAGCCGUAAUAUACACUCCGUAACAACGAUAUUCGGGGAAAUAUAUCAAAUACAGCUCAGAAAUACCUUUGCCAAAUUUUAUCGACAUCGGUUCAGAUUUGGACAUAUUUCCCAUAUAUAUCUUUAUCCGAUUUCAAGUUAAUUGUGCACCAAAGGGGUUAUACAAGCCCGAAUUAAAAAGGGACACAUGUUGGUAUGAUUUAAUUCUCACAAAUUCCCCAUAAAAACAAUUUUUUGUUAUGUGAACCUCUACUAAAUAUUCAAAGUGGUGGGCCACGCCCUACUCUAAGAUUUCCUUCACUGUUUUUUUAUUAUUACUUCACAAAAUUAACUAUCAUGGAAAUAUUGCUGGCAUUUUGUUAAAAUUCAGCGUUUGGAAGUAGACUACAGUUAAAUAAUAGAUAAAUUAAUAGAAUUUAUUAAUAACAAAUCCACAAAAAACAUACUAAUUGAACCAAAUCAAAACUAGUAUAGAAAAAAAAAUACAAAACAAUAAUACAUUCCAACAAAACUGUGAACCGAAACAUAAGAAUCCUUUAUAGCAAUACACCAUUCCAAUGGCAUAACGUUCAAUAAAACCGAAAUGAUUUUCCAAAAUGCAUUUAGAAUUAUUAAUUAAUACCUACCAGAACAAAUGUGUGUUAAAAACAUUGGUUUUCGAUUUGAAUCCAUCCAAGAAUUUGUGUUUUUUUUUUUCAAACAUAAUUUAUUUUAAUGUAAAAAAACCCUUAGAAAAGAAGAGUUUAAAUCAAUAGGAUUUCCAAAAAAUCAAACUAAGCAAUUGUCCUUUGGAAGACUCAUCGGCUAUCUUUCAUAAAAAUACACAAAUAUUGUUUUAAAUCAAAUUAAAAUUAAAUGAAAAUAAAAAUAAAAUCUUGGCAAUUUGUGUCUAUAAAUUUUUUUAUAAAAUUUUAUUUUAAAUAUUUUAUUUGAUUUUUUUUUUAUUUUUAAUUAAGAUUUACACAAUUUGUCAUAUUAUUUUGAAAAUAAGCUUUGUUAUCAUGACAACUUUUUUAUUUAUUUUAAUUAAUAUUUACGUACUUUUUAUAAAUAUUUUAGAAUCUGUUUCUGUGUGACGAAAUGCGACAAUGGAUUCGAAAGUAAAAUACCCUUCCAAAUGUGUUGUUAAAUGUUAAAUUUAACGCAAAAAAAAAAAUGAAAUCAUGAAAAACUUAUGGUGCAGAUACAUAAGAAGCUUGGCAUCAAAGUGGUAACAAUCAAAUGGGAUGUCAGUGCCACACUUCAAUCUUGUCGUUAUUUUUAUACCCUACACCACACAUAGUAAGGAGGGUAUAUUAAAGUCGUCAUUCCGUUUGUAACUCAUCGAACUAAUAAUUUUAGACCUAACAAAGCAUGUACAGGGUAAGAUAAAAAAGUGCAACAAAGUCAAACGCCAUAAUUUUUACAUUUUUUUUUAAUUUUAUUGAAUGAAAGCAAAAAAUGUCGGAAAUAGCAUCAAAUUUUAGAAUAAGUUUAGAUUUGUUCAAAUUGGUCAAAUUGAAGUGAUCGACACUGUGGUAUUUUUUUUGCUUUCCAAAAUACUCCAGACACAAUAGUCCAACGGAUUGGUAUCCGGAGAUUUUGGUGGCCAUUGCGCGCUGGUGGCGCGUGCUGAGUCCUGUUGGAAUGUCCAAGGUCUGCGACCAAAAUGUUUGCGUGUCCAAGGCUUUAAUACACCCUCCAGAAUAUUUUCGUGAUAAUAUUCGGCAUUUAUUCUUAUGCCACGGUCGAUUAAUACGAGCGAAGAGCGACCAUCGGCUGUUAUGGCGGCCCACACCAUCAUUUUUUGGCCACUGAGAGUUGUUUAAAAUUUCGUAUUUAGAGUUCGUAAUAGGAAGUACAAUCUAUAACAGAAAAUUGUCUAUACAGGUCCAGGUCUUUGUAUAGGUCCAAUAUAUCAGUACCUCUCUUUAUUCGGUAUUUUGACAAGUUUAGCUACUAUAUUCACCGAAAUUGUUUGAAAUUUCGUACUACAUUCUGUGACAGAAAAUUGUCUAUGUAGAUCCAGGUCUUCGUUUAGCCCAGAUAUAACGGUAGCUUCCUAUAUUCGUUAUUUUGAUGAUUUUAUCUAUAUAUUUUACCGGAUUUUUUUCCAAGUUUCGUAUUUGAAUAUUGUAAUGGCUUAUGACAAAAGUUGCUAUGCAGGUCCAUGUCUUCGUAUACACCCCAGUAUAAGGGCUAUAUUCGGUAUUUUUAAGAUUUUAACAGAAUUUUUAACGGAUUUUAUUUAUUUAUUUUUUUGGAAAUUUCCAAAUUAGUUCCAAUUUGUAAAGAGUUCGGCCCGGUCUUACAGCUUUUUUACUUGUUUCUUAUAAUCUGACGUUAAUAUGCCAUGUCAUGUUUUAUCACCUCAAGAGGCUUUUUACUGGCUUAGGUCAUCGGCUGGCCUCUUCGUAAAAGAAGGAAGGCGUAGGGGCGAACAAAUAUAAAUUAUCGGCCGGAAUUGAGCUAAGUCUACCUAAAACCCAGUUAAAACAAAAACCUUUUAUAUAUCUGAAUCUUUAUUUGUAUUGUUUUAUUUUUUUGCCUUUACUUUUAGUAUCGACACACAGAAACAGAUACUUAAUUGCCAAAAAGAUUUCUAUAUUUUAACUCAUCUAUUCAUUUAUUUUGAUUAAAGUCUGAUCAAAUACUUAUAAAACACGAAAGAAGAAGCUGUCUUAAAAUUCAACUGUUUAAUUUUACAUUAAAUAAAAAUAGAAUUUAUGUUAUUUACUCAGUCUAAAUAGUAUACAAAUAUAAACAAAUAUAUGUAUUUAUUUUAACAGAAACCCAACUAUUCACUCAAUAUUUAUAUUAAAAAAAAAAAAAAACACAACUCAGAUACCACUCAAUACCAUUCCCAGGAAGCUAUAAAGCUUUUUUUGAUCUUAAAUCAAUUUUUAACCCUUUAAGAAAUAUUUAUUUAUGUUUUUAAAAUAAUGAAUGAUUUUUAAAUAUUUUUAUCAACAAUUAAAUACCAGGUUGGCAAAAAAGUUAAAAUAAAUGAAAGUAAAGUUAUGGACAAAACUAAACAAUAAAUUAAUUAAUAUGUGAUUUUAAGCUUGCGCAAUAACAAAAUAAUUUAUUUUAUCUAUCUGAUGAUUACCUUAAACUUAGAAACAAAAAAAUUAUAUAUAUUUACAUUUAAUAUAUUUUAUAUCAUUAUGGAAACAAUACUAAACUAAAAACCUGAUUUAUUCACCUUAAUAUUUGUUACCUGAUAAUUAUUAUUACCUUAUUUUAUUUUUGUACAUUUAUUUUUUUUAAUUUUAUUUAUUAUUUUAAAUCUAAUAUUACUAUUUUCUUUAUUAUAAAAAAAAUCUAAAUUGUAAAAAAUUGGCCAACAAACGCUGUUCAAUAACAUGAAAACUCACUGUAUAUUGUAUAUCCUCAGCCGUGUAUCUACAGAUGCUGUGCAUCAUGCCACGCCUUGUGGUACCUCCCCCAAUAAGGGUCAAUAUUUUCAGCGAUUAUCGAGAAAAUGGAUAAUUAUGUCCUCAGCCAUAUGGCUAGAGAGGUAUACAUAUAUCAUUUGAUACGGCCAAAACGUGCCUCAUCGAAAUAACGAUUUUAGACCCUAGGUUUCUUUGGACCAAAUCCGUUUUAAGACAUUUGGAGUCGAUUUAGUGACGUCCGUCCGUCUGUCUGGCUGGUGAGCACGAAAACUCACGAACUACAUCGUAAUACUAUUAUCAAACCUAGAUCGAGUUCGGAGAUGGGCAAUAUCGGUUCACUCCUUCUGGUACCUCACCCACAAAAGAUCGAUAUUUUCAUAGAAAAUAAUAUACUGCACAGAAAGAGAUAGGAUCAUCCGAUUUUGCUCCAACUUUGCAAAUCUCAAUGUCUGCAUUAGUACUUUGUCAUGUAAGAAAAUGGACAAUUUCGGUCCACUCCAUCAAGUACCUCCUCCACAAAGCUUUAAAAUUUUGAACAAUUAUAUUUCUUAUGAAAUACGGUGUAAGAGUCCGAUUGUUUUCAAAUUACACACAUCACAAUAUUUUUAUUGAAUAAAGGUCUGGUGUGAAGAUGGAAUAUAUCGGCCUACUUCUUCUGGUACCUCCCCCACAAAGGGUCAGAAUUUGGAAUAGCCAUGAAGCUUCGUGGAAAUAUUGGCACAUCUCAAUAUUUCCAUCAACACAAGAUCUGUUAUAAAGAUGGUAGAGAUCGGACCAUUCCAUCUGGUACCUCUUCAAAUUACACACAUUACAAUAUUUUUAUUAACCCAAUGUAGGUGUGAAAUUGGGAUAUAUUGGUCCACCCCACAAAGCGUCAAAAGGGUUCCAAAUUUUGUAAAACAAAACGCUCAAAGUUAGCGAAAUAAACAUCCAAUUCACUUCAAGGUCUGUUGUGAAGAUAAUAAAUAUCAAAUAGUGUUGGCAUGUUUGUUCGGGAUACCAUAGUAUUUUGUUGUUGCAAAAUGGUCUGGCUUAAUCCCAUUAUUGUUGUUUUUAUAUUAGUGGAAAACGAUGGUAAUGUUUACCAGGGGGUAAGGCAGGGAAUACCUAUGUUUCGGAAAGAGCCACCAAUCCUCAUCAGUUCCCUUAAUAAAUAUCUGUGAUCCCCUUUUGGUACCUCACCCACAAUGGGUCAUAAUUUUCAGUACUUUUAUCUGUCAUAACUUGCGUUUCUUUACAGCUUGCUAUACCUAAAUAUUUCUCUCAACCAGAAAUCUGAUAUGAAUAUGAAAAUGAUUGGAAUUUAAGAUUUCGCAUAAAAUUGGAUACAAAUGUUCGAUUUUCUUGUAAAAUAUACUCAUACCAAUAUUUCUAUCUGUAUUAGGAUAUGUAUAAAUAUAGAAUACGUUGGUCAACAAUAUUGGUAUAAAGGUACUUCACAAUAUUUAUAUCAUAUUUAUUUAGGUCCGACACGAAAUGUCUAAUAUUGGCCCAUUCCUUUGGAACACAUUUGAUAAGGGGUUAAACAUUUGAAUAAUCAUAACAGAAGUCAAAGUAUUUAAAAAAUUCGUACAUUGGCUGAGGGUAUACAUCUGUCGGCAAAACCGUCUAAUAUUUUUUUAACUUGCGUUUUAUAAAAAAAAAUAAAUAAAAUUUCAAUUCUUUAAAUAAAAUUUCAAAUUUUUCCUAAAAAAAACUCAAAAAGAAAAUCAAACAUUUUUUUUUUAUUAAUUUUACACUUUGUUUACUUUUUUAAGUAUAUUUUUAUUUCUCAACCAUUUGUUAUCCAAAAAAAAAAACAAAAUUAUUGUACACCUCAUGAUGAUAAUUUAUGAAUUUGUGAAAGAGGCGGCAGUGUCGAUCAAAAAGUAAACAAAUAAAUAUAUUACUAAUUAAUAAAUAAAUCCUAGCUUGUGACCUAAUAAAAAAUAAAUAAAAAUACAAAUGAAAAA